AUUUGGGCCAUGGAUAAUAAUUGUCCGACUAAUUUGGCCCACUACACAAACACCAAAACCCGACCCGACCUUUGUGACCCACAAAGCGGCCAUAAACGUCGACAAACGCCGUUCAACAUUUCACACUGCACUGAAUACUUCCGAAGGAGUAAUUUACUGAGAGAGAUUUGAGCUCCGUACAAAUGGCAUCGGCGAUUUCCAAAUGGAUCGUGGACCCGACCCGAAACCCGCUGGCCGCGCUCCACAUGAAAACCUUGUCCAGUCGCCUCAGCAAAUACGGGCUUCGGUAUGACGAUCUGUACGACCCGAUGUACGAUCUUGAUGUGAAGGAGGCGCUUAAUCGGCUGCCUAAGGAGGUCGUGGAUGCCAGGAACCAGCGCCUGAAGCGCGCCAUGGACCUCUCCAUGAAGCACGAUUAUCUUCCGGAGGAUCUUCAGUUUGUGUUUCUUGGCUGUUUGCCGAUGGCUAUGAGUUCAGAUGAUGAUUUACUGGAAAAGGCUAUGCAGACACCAUUUAGGAGCUAUCUACAGGAUAUGUUAUCUCUGGUUAAGAGAGAGAGCGCCGAGCGUGAAGCACUCGGAGCGUUGCCACUUUACCAACGCUCCAUUCCUUGAGUCAACUACACACCCUCUUAUUGGUUAGAUUAAAGGGCAAGCAAUCCGUAACCCUUUUUAGUGACAAAUGGUGGGCUACCAAGUUUUCACCUGAACAUUAUUUUCUUAUCAGUAGAUUUUACGAGCAAGAAAUAGUCUCUUCUCUAUGGCGCGGUUCUGUGUUCUAGUUCGCUUACUAUAUUUUGGUCUGAUGCUUUAUGGAAUUCUGUAUUUGCAUUUUCUGGAAUCUGAGAAGCCUUGCUGAUAAUAUUUCCCUUGUCUUUCACCACUGGUUUUGGUGUUCGGGUUAUUAUUGUUAUUUUUUUUUUUAGGUUCUAAACAAUGUUCAACUUCCAAGUUCCAACUUUAGGGUGUGUGUUCGUUUGGGUUUUUGAGUGA